CUGUUUUCGUUGGCCUCGCUGGAAUGGCCGUCAGCGCUGUAUCUUCUGCCGCCUAAGAGCUGGUCCUCUCCCGGCGUAUCGAGCGCAGCGCGGCCACCUCCUUUGUCCGGUUGGUCUGCACGUCAGCCCCAGGGGCGUCGACUUUCCUGCUGCUGGCAGCAUGGGCCGGGAGUCACGCCACUAUCGGAAGCGAUCUGCAUCACGAGGGCGCUCUGGAAGUCGAUCCAGAAGUCGUUCACCUUCAGACAAGAGAAGCAAACGUGGAGAUGACAGACGGUCAAGAAGCAGAGAUAGAGAUAGAAGAAGAGAGAGAUCUCGUAGUAGAGAUAAAAGAAGAUCUCGGUCAAGGGACAGGAAGCGUCUGAGGCGUUCCAGAAGUAGAGAGAGAGACCGAAGCCGAGAGCGAAGAAGAUCUCGUAGUCGAGACAGGAGACGUUCAAGAAGUAGAAGUCGGGGCCGGCGAUCUCGAUCCUCCAGUCCUGGCAAUAAAAGCAAGAAAGCUGAGAAUAGGUCUAGGUCCAAAGAGAAAACAGAAGGUGGGGAGAGUUCUAAAGAGAAGAAAAAAGACAAAGAUGAUAAGGAGGAUGAAAAAGAAAAAGAUGCUGGCAACUUUGACCAGAAUAAGCUGGAAGAAGAAAUGAGAAAACGAAAAGAAAGAGUAGAAAAGUGGCGAGAAGAACAGCGGAAAAAGGCCAUGGAAAACAUAGGGGAACUGAAGAAAGAAAUUGAAGAGAUGAAACAAGGGAAAAAGUGGAGUUUAGAGGACGAUGAUGAUGAUGAAGAUGAUCCAGCAGAAGCUGAAAAGGAUGGAAAUGAAAUGGAGGGUGAGGAAUUAGAUCCAUUAGAUGCUUACAUGGAAGAAGUGAAAGAAGAGGUCAAAAAGUUCAACAUGAGAAGUGUAAAAGGUGGUGGAGGAAAUGAAAAGAAGUCCGGACCAACGGUAACAAAAGUUGUCACUGUUGUGACAACCAAAAAAGCAGUCGCAGAUUCUGAUAAGAAGAAAGGCGAGCUGAUGGAGAAUGACCAGGAUGCCAUGGAGUAUUCUUCAGAGGAGGAAGAAGUUGAUCUUCAGACGGCCCUUACAGGCUAUCAGACAAAACAAAGGAAGCUUCUUGAACCAGUUGAUCAUGGAAAAAUUGAAUAUGAACCAUUCAGAAAAAACUUCUAUGUUGAAGUUCCAGAACUAGCAAAAAUGUCUCAAGAGGAGGUGAAUGUAUUUCGAUUGGAAAUGGAAGGCAUUACAGUCAAAGGAAAAGGUUGCCCCAAACCAAUUAAAUCUUGGGUUCAGUGUGGAAUUUCUAUGAAGAUCCUAAAUUCUCUCAAAAAGCACGGCUAUGAAAAGCCCACACCAAUCCAAACUCAGGCGAUUCCUGCUAUAAUGUCUGGACGAGACUUGAUUGGCAUUGCUAAGACAGGAAGUGGGAAGACCAUUGCUUUCCUGUUGCCUAUGUUUAGACACAUCAUGGAUCAGAGGUCAUUAGAAGAAGGAGAAGGACCAAUAGCCGUCAUCAUGACUCCAACUCGAGAACUGGCUUUACAGAUUACUAAAGAAUGUAAGAAGUUUUCAAAGACCUUGGGACUUAGAGUGGUCUGUGUUUAUGGAGGAACAGGAAUCAGUGAACAGAUUGCUGAACUGAAAAGAGGUGCUGAAAUUAUUGUUUGCACACCUGGUCGAAUGAUUGACAUGCUUGCAGCUAACAGUGGUCGGGUCACAAAUCUUCGAAGAGUGACAUAUGUUGUAUUAGAUGAAGCAGAUAGAAUGUUUGACAUGGGUUUUGAGCCACAGGUCAUGCGCAUUGUGGAUAAUGUCCGUCCUGAUCGUCAGACGGUUAUGUUUUCAGCUACUUUCCCCAGAGCUAUGGAAGCUUUGGCUCGCAGAAUCUUGAGUAAACCGAUUGAAGUACAGGUUGGAGGGAGGAGUGUGGUUUGCUCAGAUGUGGAACAGCAAGUGAUUGUGAUUGAAGAAGAAAAGAAAUUCUUGAAGUUACUUGAGCUUCUUGGCCAUUAUCAAGAAUCAGGAUCUGUCAUUAUAUUUGUGGAUAAGCAGGAACAUGCCGAUGGUCUUCUGAAGGAUUUGAUGAGAGCAUCUUAUCCUUGCAUGUCUCUUCACGGAGGCAUUGAUCAGUAUGACAGAGACAGCAUCAUAAAUGACUUUAAGAACGGGACGUGCAAGCUUCUUGUGGCCACUUCUGUAGCUGCCCGAGGUCUAGAUGUGAAGCAUCUGAUUCUUGUAGUAAAUUACAGCUGCCCCAACCAUUAUGAGGAUUAUGUGCACAGGGCUGGACGGACGGGACGAGCAGGCAACAAAGGUUAUGCCUAUACUUUUAUCACAGAAGAUCAAGCUCGCUAUGCUGGUGACAUAAUUAAAGCUCUUGAAUUGUCAGGAACUGCAGUACCUCCUGAUCUGGAGAAACUUUGGAGUGAUUUCAAAGAUCAACAGAAAGCUGAGGGGAAAAUAAUUAAAAAGAGUAGUGGGUUCUCUGGUAAGGGAUUCAAGUUUGAUGAAACAGAGCAAGCUCUGGCUAAUGAGAGGAAGAAGUUACAAAAAGCAGCUCUUGGUCUGCAAGAUUCUGAUGAUGAGGAUGCUGCAGUUGAUAUUGAUGAGCAGAUCGAGAGCAUGUUUAAUUCAAAGAAGAGAGUAAAGGAUAUGGCUGCUCCUGGAACGUCUAGUGUUCCUGCUCCAACUGCAGGCAAUGCUGAGAAAUUAGAAAUUGCUAAGAGAUUGGCUCUUAGAAUCAAUGCUCAGAAGAAUUUGGGCAUCGAGUCUCAGGACGUGAUGCAACAGGCCACCAAUGCAAUCCUUAGAGGAGGCACCAUUCUGGCUCCCACCGUGUCUGCAAAGACCAUUGCAGAGCAGCUUGCCGAAAAGAUCAAUGCCAAGCUCAAUUAUGUGCCUUUAGAGAAACAAGAAGAGGAGAGACAGGAUGGCGGACAGAACGAAUCUUUUAAGAGAUAUGAAGAAGAAUUAGAGAUCAAUGACUUCCCACAGACUGCUAGGUGGAAAGUUACCUCUAAGGAGGCUCUGCAGAGAAUUAGUGAAUAUUCUGAAGCCGCAAUUACCAUCAGAGGAACAUACUUCCCUCCUGGCAAAGAACCCAAGGAAGGAGAACGGAAAAUAUACUUGGCAAUUGAAAGUGCCAAUGAGCUGGCUGUGCAGAAGGCAAAGGCAGAAAUCACCAGGCUUAUAAAAGAAGAACUGAUCCGACUGCAAAAUUCAUACCAACCAACAAACAAAGGAAGAUACAAAGUCUUAUAAUCAUCUGCAAAAAAACCUUUUUCCUGUGCUGACCUGUGAUACACGUGACAAUGUUGUCUGCAGUUUACAGUGUAUUGUAAAUUAGGAUUUUUAAAAUUCUGUCUUGCUGAUGUUUUUAAAUACAAGAAUCCAGUAUUUGCUAAAGAAAUCUGUCAGGAAGUACCCCCACAAUUAAUCAAACUAUUUAAAGAAACAUUGUUUUCAGAAUAUGAUGCUCUCUAAAAGAACACUUAAAUAUCAAUAUUUUAAAUAUCUGGAAAUAUUUUAGAGGCUUGAAAAAUGAAAAUAUUUGGACUUUCUAUUGAAGGUAAUAAAGUACACGUCACAGAGGGCUAUUCUCCUUAUCCUAUACUUUCAGUGAAAUUGUGAUCAUCUUCUGAGAAAAGGUAAAAUUCUCUGUCAUAUUUUGUGUCGUCAUCCCUAUGAGUUUAAAUGUUGCUUGAUUCAGUGGAACAGUAUGAACUGGAUUUAGAAAUGUUACAAUAGAAAUUUGGCAAAAUAGGUUCAGAGUUUUUGUUUCCAUUUUUAUCAUCAUAAGUGGGCAAUACUUGGACUACUUUUGGUUUUGUAAAAUUAAAGAUUUAUAGUAUAAGUAUUUUUUGCAUUUCUUGAUACUGAGUAUAAAGACUCUACGAAGAGCUUUAGUAUUUACUACUUUUAGGUUCCCUUUGCAACCUCUGGCUCCAUGCCUAGCUACUAACUCUUUUUCAAAUCUUCCUUUAAAAAGUGACUGUAGUCUAUAAAUAUUAAAUAUGAAUCCUUUAUCCUCUAAAAGUGUUUGUUUAUACAUCUAUAAAUAUGGUAUGUACAAAUACUCUACUACUUUUAAUCUGAUUUUCCUUCAGGAUUAUUGAGUAGAUUGCAUAUUUUCUUUCUUGACGCAUAAUAGUACCCAAGUUUUGGACUUCAGCACCUCUCAAUGAAAUUUAAUUCACAAGGAAUCAAAAUUUCUAUUUUUAAGCCCUGAAGAUAUUGUUCUUGAAUAUUCCAGUUUUCAUUAUUACAAUAUUACCUAAUGUUCUUUCAAUAUUCUUGGUGUAUUAGAACUUCAUAUAAUUGUUACUUCUUGAAGAGUUUGUUCCCCAGGAAUUAAAUAUAUACAUAUAUUCCUUGAACCAAGAGACACAGAAGUUCUUGAAAUAUUCUUAACAGUUUUUUAAAAAGGAAAAAAAAAGAUCAAAAUGUUCUAUAGUUGUUAAGUCAUAUUAAAACAAGUUACAUUCAGUGGCUGAAGUAGCAGGGAAUAUCACUGUUUCUUCGAUAUGAAGUUAUGUGUCUGAAAAAGUAAGAUGUAGCUGGGAAGAAUUUUUGGAUCCCUCACAUCUAAUUACUGUCUUGAAAGAGGACAGACAGAAUACGUAUAGCAGCAAAACCAAAUAAAUAACUUUCUCUAAAAUUCCAGGCACUGUGGGCUCCUUUCCCCCCAGUUUAUUUAUUUGCUUUGAUAGACUAUGUGGCAGUCCCACAUUGGUGACAAUCGGUGCUCCCUUCAGUCCACUGGAUCAUUUUCACAGAUUCGGAGUUUUGCAUCAUUUUAGCAUUUCCUUUAUGCUUAUAUAUCCAGUUGCAGAGAGCCAGUGAUAGAGAAUUUAAAGACCGUAUUACUUGGUAGUACAUUUGUUGGUGUCAUACUGACUGGAUCUUAAAGUUUAAAUGAUGUACAGACUUUUAAUUUUUUUUUAAUGCAACACAAAUAUUUGCUCCUGUUUUCUAAAUUCCUUACAAAAAAUAAAGGUAAUCCAAUCUGCA